AAGAUGGCGUCUGUCAGGACGCAGCCGUGCGUUUGGACAGUUUUACUUGUGUUUUCUUUCUGUAGUUUCGUCUCGUCUCUGUACUUUCGCGUCGGAGACAGCGAGGAGAAAUGUUUCACAGAGGAAAUCCCGGACGAGACGAUGCUUAUCGGAAGCUAUCGGAUUCAGCUCUCAGAUCAGCAGAGGGACGAGGACCUCCCGGUCUCUCAGGACCUCAGGAUGCACAUCGUUGCCAAAGGGCCCGAUGACGAGCUGAUUCUGUCUCGGCAGCACGACUCAGAGGGAAAGUUCACAUUCACUUCACAUAAACCAGGAAGAUACCAGAUCUGCCUGCGGCCCAAAUCCUCAAACCCCGGCCUGUCUGCUGGAGGCGUGCUGACGGUUCACCUGGAUAUAAAAGUGGGCGAACGCACCAACAACUACACUGAGAUCGCUGCCAAAGAGAAGCUGACGAUGCUGCAGCUGAGAGUCCGGCAGCUGGCUGAGCAGGUGGACCAGAUCCAGAAGGAGCAGAACUACCAGAGGGUCAGGGAGAAGCAUUUCCAGGAAGUCAGCCACAGCACCAACAUGUGGAUCUUCUGGUGGCCCGUCGCCCGCUCCCUCUACGUGGUGGCCGUCAUCACCUGGCACACCAACUCCUGGUGAACUCAGUAAACUUUGGACCUGCAGAAGAAAACAUUAAAUCACAAACAAUGUACGAACUCGAGUAUUUCCAGAUGCAGAAGAAUAAAUAAAUAUUUUGCCUGAACUGAGAAGCCCCACAUCAGGAGAUCAGGACUGAACCCGGAGGAUUUGGUCACCUGGAGAAGGCGGAUACAGAGAGGAGUCCAAGCAGGAACUCCAGGCCGUAGAAGCAGAGCAGGACGGUGCUGAGGAUGAACUCCAGCCGCAGGACGAAGGUCUGCAGCAGCAGGUAGUAAACAGCCAGCGCGGCGCAGGGAACCAGGAUGAAGAGCGACACGCACAAGGCCAGAGAGCGCUCGCACAGGUUCCCCUUCACACCUGGAUCGAGACACCGCACAGAACCUGGUUUCCUUUCUCUGUUAUAUGAACUGUUUGCUGCCACAGCGUGAAGCCAUGUUCGUCCACAGAGAGAACACAGUCACACUGAUCUGGUGAAAUUUCUUCACCAGAGAAGAAGAAGACCAGCGUCUUCACACCAACCAUUUUAACACGUACCAACCCUAACCCUCAUUUUUCCUGCGUUCACCAGCAGCUGUCAGCCGUCCACCUUAAACUAAGUGUAGAUUUCAUUACAGGUCUUUUAUAUUUCACUGCUGGAGCUGGAGUAAAAAAAAGCAGCCAAGACUAGAAAACAGUGAAAACUCUGGAUGUUUAAAAUGAACCAGCAGCUGUUUUCCCCCGGGUGGAACCAAAGAACCCAAAGAACCGAACAGGAACUGGCCUCUGACUUCAAAUCAAACACCAAGAUUUGAAAAGACCGUCUCACAUUAAACACUGUUCAGUUACUGAUUAGACAGAAAAGAGGCGAGUGUGUGUGUUUAAUACCUGUCAGAAGCCUGUUUGGUGUCUCACUCACCAUAAAAGAUCCUGAGGGUCUCCAGUCCGAGGAAGAUCACCAGCAGCAUCACAUCCAGGACCAGAUUAUCUGACGGGUACGGGAGUAAAAUCCCUGCACACACACGAAAAACACACAAACGGAGAACACGAUGAAUCUGGGUGUUAAUACACAGAAAGGUUUUAUGCUUAAUAUUAGUUUGAAUAAUAAGAAGGCUGUGGACGGUUGAGUAACAAAGUUUUCAUUUCAUUCUCACUUAAAAUUGAGUUUUGAAACGAUUUAAUUCGUCUCGUAAUUUUCUCCCUCUCUACUCAUUAGGACACUAAAACUGUGACCUUUGACCUCUUCAGCUGCCCGUACUGGUUUUUCAGGGAAUAAAAUGUUCGUAAAUUCUUUUGCUGCUGUAAACAGCUUCGUCACUAAACCCUGGUCAGUAUUUCGUCCUGUUCUGUUUCUUUUUUAAAUGAAGAGAUGUUCAGUUAUGUAACACCUGAGGGCUGCUGGGUAUUUUUUUCAUUAUAUAAUGUUUGUACUUUUUUGUCUGUAAUUUGAGACAAAUUACAGACAAAAAAGAUUUGUAUUAAUGUACUCUCAGUACAUGAUAUUCGCUUUGCUUUUACACGUGUGCCUCUUGUUGAUUUACUUUAAUGAAUAAAAACUAAAAAUCUU